AUGGCCGUAAACCUUCAUUUUCACGAGUCUGACUUCACUCGAGAGACUCGAGCUGCCUACAUUGGCCAGAGAGGCUUCACUCUCUGGUUCACCGGUAUUUCGGGAUCCGGAAAGUCCACUAUCGCCGUCGCCGUCGAGAAAGAGCUCAUUGCCAAACGCAAGCUUACUGCUUUCCGACUUGAUGGAGAUAACAUCCGUACUGGUCUCAACAAGGGUCUUGGGUUUACUGCAGCAGACCGAACUGAAAACAUUCGACGAAUCGGCGAGGUCGCCAAGCUCUUCGCCGACUGUGGAAUUGUUACCCUGACUUCCUUCAUCUCACCAUAUGCCGCCGACAGACUUGCCGCCCGUAAGCUGCACGAACUGUCAGAGGAAGAGAAGGAAAGAGGAGAAACUCCCUUGCCAUUCAUUGAAGUUCACGUUGAUAUUCCUUUUGAAGUCUCUUUAGAAAGAGAUAAGAAGGGGUUUGUAACAAUGGGACACCAAGGAUUGAUCAAGAACUUCACUGGUGUGGGCAAGUCGACUGGCUCAUCAUAUGAGGCCCCCGAAAAACCUGAGAUAUACAUCAACAACAACCGAGAAAUGACCAUUGACAAUGCAGUCAAGCAGAUCAUGGACUACCUUGAAGAGAAAGGUCUACUCGACAGUCCACCAGAUGUUGCCACUGCUGAGGCUGAAUCCGCGAAACGCGUGAAAGAAGGCCAGGAUAUCAAAGAGAAACGACUUUUGCAAACCCUAGAGAAGAGUGAAGCCGCCUUCAAAGCUGCGGAAGCUUCUGGUAAUGAGGAGGAAAUUAGUGCCGCCAAGGCUGCGGCAGUCAAGGCUGCUGGUGCUCUCAAGUCCUUUUUCGCCAACAAGCACAGAGCGGUCAUGGAGGCUGCCGAAGCCGUCCAGGAGACCGCUAAAGCUGCUCAGGAAGCCGCAGCUGCAAAAACCGCAGAAGCCGAAGAAGCCAGCAAACUCGCACAAGCUACACAAGAUGAGGCUGCUAAGUUGGCUGAACUUGUCGCUACCUAUGAUGCUGCAACUAGAGCUCAUGGCGCCACCGCUAACUAA